AAGAGUUGGAGGACUAAGACUUCUAGAUAGAGUUCUACUCAUGGUUCUUGCUUUGUCAUGUUUCUCAGCUGAGGAUGGCCACGUCUUCCAGAAUAUAGUAGACUGUGAGUACAGCAGAGAGGACUUGUCAGACAUGGUCUACCUAGUGAAGUUGGUCUUCAACCAGAAACUUUUGUGCGACUAUGACUCUCGAAGGGGGAAGUAUGUGGGAUAUGAUGAAUUUGGGAUCAGAAAUGCUGAGAAAUUUAACAACCAGAGCUAUAAACUGGCUGCUCGCAAAGCUGAGCUGGAGACAGUGUGCAAAGCCAAUGCAAGAUACUAUGUCAAUACCACAACUAGAGAGGUGCCACCUGUGGUUACAGUGAGCUUCAAUGAGAAGUCUUACUAUGGUCAGCUGACCGUGUUGGAAUGCCAUAUGUAUGAUUUCUACCCAAAAGACAUUGCUGUCACCUGGCUGAAGGAUGAGACAGUGGUCAAUGAGGGCAUAUUCCAGUCUGAGACAAUGGCCAAUGGCGACUGGACAUACCAGUUCCAUUCAUACUUGGAGCUUGUACUUCAACAGGGGGAGAAAGUGAGCUGUCAAGUGGAACAUAGUAGUUUCAAGAAGCCCCUGGUUGUUUUAUUGGACUCCUCGUCUCUUGAUAACAGAAUCUAUAAGUUAGCAGUGGGUAUCACUUCUUUGAUUCUUGGUCUUAUUGUGACAGUUGCUGGUGCUUUUUACUAUCGCUGGAGAACGCACAGAGGUUUUCCAGGUUGUGCUGUGGUUCCUUUGCACUGACACUGCCUCCAUGUUGGACAUUUAUGUUGGGGCAGAGCACCUUGCCUUCUACGUCUUUUUGGUCUGGUGUAUGUCAUUAGGUUAAUUCCAGUGCUGCUUUAUGAUUUCACGCUGUCAUACGGCUUAACAUCUGUCAGGUGCUAAUUACUUUUAGAAACUGCACUGCUUGUCAAAAUGAAUGUGACCUUGGCUACAAGAUGAUGAUGUAAAAGACAAACUGUUCACUGCAGCUGUUGAAGUGCUUCAUACAAAAUUUAAUAGAGCUAUUAAUUAGAAAUCAACCGUAACUUGUCAAUGGUGUGACAUGUACUAAACAAUCUCCUCCUUUCUUAUAAUUAUAUGUCUAUGAAUGAAUUUGGGCACUGGAGAGGAUACACUUUUUAAUGCAGAGCUUGCUUUAUAUUUGAUAGAUGUUCAGACAGGUUAUAUUUGUUGCCUUCUCAUACUCAAUUCAUUUAGUGUUCAAUAAACAGCGUCUAUAUCC